AUGCAUAUUCCAUUAAUAACCUCAAUUGUGGCCGCCACAGCCGCAUUGCUAGCCGAUACGAUAUGGGCCAUGCCCUCGUCAUCAAGCUUUCACGGAGAGAUGGCUGCAAAACGCGCACCUCAUGCAUCUGAUACAAAAGAUUUCCGUUUCCUCACAAACAAGACAAGCAAAUACCGCGUCGAAAGCCUGCCUGAAGUCAACUUUGAUAUUGGCGAGAUGUACUCUGGUUUAAUCCCGGUCGACAAGAGUAAAAACGAGUCACGCGAACUAUUUUUUGUCUUUCAACCUACAAUAGGUGCCCCGGUUGAUGAGAUCACGAUCUUCCUCAACGGUGGCCCAGGCUGCAGCUCUCUUCAAGCGUUCCUCCAAGAAAAUGGGCGGUUCCUCUGGACGCCAGGAACCUUUGCGCCAGUUGAGAAUCCUUACUCUUGGGUAAACUUGACCAAUAUGCUGUGGGUUGACCAGCCCAUUGGAACCGGAUACUCUAUUGGCACACCAACUGCUGUUAGCCAGGAAGAAACUGCGCAGGACUUUGUUAAAUUCUUCAAGAACUUCGAGGUCUUGUUCGGAAUCAAGAAGUUUAAGAUUUACCUUGCGGGUGAGAGUUAUGCAGGCCGUUAUGUGCCAUAUAUCUCGGCUGCUUUUAUUGAACAACAAGAUAACGAGUAUUUUGAUUUGCAAGGUGUCCUUCUUUAUGACCCAACUAUUGGUGCAGCCCUCACAACGCAACUCAUGGUCCGACUUACCCGACGGACUCUCCCGAAUAACCCAUGCUUUAGCAUGUACGAUAUCAGCUCAACUUGCCCUAUACUGUGGGACGUGCUUGGAGCACCUACUAUAUUGUCCUAUGUUCCAAAUGGUGCAGAAAUUUACUUUGACCGCCCGGAUGUUCAGAAGGCAUUGCAUGCACCCAGCGUGAGUUGGCUCGAGUGCACAACUUCUAAAGUCUAUCUUGGUGGAAAUGGCACUGGCGGACCUGAAGCAAAAGGAGAUAUGUCACCUGAUCCUAUUCAGGAUGUUCUGCCUCAGGUAAUCGAGCAUACCAACCGCGUGCUGGUGUCCAACGGUGACUAUGAUAUGAUCGUCCAGACCAACGGCACUCUUUUAUCUAUUCAAAACAUGACUUGGAACGGCAAACUUGGAUUUGGUGAGCGACCAAGCAAGCCGAUUAACAUCCAAACCCCCGAUCUCAUGUAUCAAAAGGUGUUUCAAGAAAGCACUUAUGCGGGCUUGGAUGGGCCCCAGGGUGAAAUGGGCGUUCAACAUUAUGAGCGUGGGCUGAUGUGGGCUGAAACGUACCAGGCAGGCCACAUGCAGCCUCAAUACCAGCCUCCACCGCGUUUGCAUCUUUUCUGCGCCCCAAUUCAGACUCGUCUUCGAGCAUCAGCCUGGCAUCACACAAUCAUGGCUGAUCAAGGCGAUUGGUCCUGCGACGCCAAUGACGCAGUCCAGAUUUCCAUCGUCCAGCCCGGAGACCAGAAACUAGUGACCGCUGAUUUAUUCCAUCCGCAAUUCACGUAUUCGAUUUUUGGCGACGAGGAGCAGAUUUUCGGUUACAAGGGGCUGAUUGUCAGACUGCGCUUUGCGGCGCAUGAUUUGCGCACCCAAGUCCACAUUUCGUACGACGAAAAGUUCAAGGCUGUUGGCGAUGCGGCGGCGACGGACCUGAACAAGACUUUGAGAGAUUGGAUUCCGGAAUUCGCAUUCACGCGCUUGCCCGAUUACGAAAAGGCUGUCCAGAAUGAUGAAAGUGCGAAAGACUUUGUGCCACCAGGGAAGCUUGUUCAUUCAUACGAAUCGAAAAACCGAAACUAUGAGAUCUGGGCUGGAUCCCUCGCCGACCCGGCUGUUUGCAACCUGUUGGCGCGCGCACAGGUUUUUGUUCCCUUCUUCAUCGAGGCCGGAACUCCUCUCGUUCUUGACGACCCAGAGUGGACCUUGGAAAGGUGGACCGUAUAUUUUGUAUACGAAAGAAUAACGCCUCCAACGCCCAAGGCAUCCAAGUACCUGUUCGUCGGUUACUCAACAACAUAUCGCUGGUGGUUCUAUCCCAAACAAAAAGGCGAGAAGGGCGCAGUCAAGGAUGAUAUUUUUCCAUAUCCUGAAGAGAUUCGGUUUUCAACGCUGCCAUCGCGCUUGCGAAUCGCUCAAUUCCUUAUUCUUCCGUCCCACCAGGGCGCCGGCCAUGGUUCCCUACUUUACAACACCAUUCACAAAGCCACCAUUGCGGAUGACACUGUUACCGAAAUCACCGUGGAAGACCCAAAUGAGGCAUUUGACGUUCUAAGGGACUCUGCCGACUACCACACACUUUACCCCGAACUGAUGAAACAAGACAUCAACAUCAACCCCAACCCAUACCCUGCAGACGCCGGUAAACGUCGUCCUCGCAAUGUGCCAACCUCUACACUUAUUCCGACAGAGAAACUCAGCAAAAUUCGCUCCCAAUACAAAAUUGCCCCUACUCAAUUCGCACACAUCCUGGAAAUGUUCCUCCUCAAACGAAUUCCACACCCCAAACGCGCCGCCGGCGGAGCAAACAUGGCGCGCCUCCUCACCAAGAAACACAAGGCUGACGACGAAAAUGAACGCCGAUACUACUGGUGGCGCAUGCUCCUCAAACAGCGUCUUUACAAGCGCUCACGCGACAUUCUCAUCCAGCUCGACCUGCCAGAACGCAUCCAGAAACUCGACGAAACAGCAACAAACGUCGAGGAAGGAUACGAAGCACUACUAACCGUCUUCGAUGCACGUGAAAAGGGUAAAGCAACAGCAGCCCCGGCUCUCGCAGCGGGCGAGAUAGAGGUAUCCGUCCCAGCGCUCCGUUUCAAGAGAAAAUAUGCGGUAGAAGACGAUGAAGAUGAAGAGGAAGAGGAAGAUGAUCAGCCACAGAUAGCUGAAGCGGCGAAACGGCCCAAAGUGUAA